AUGUUCUCAAUCAAAUCAAACUUACUCAUUCGAAUUCUGGCUAUUGAAACUUCAGGCAGAUCGAAAUCCCAUCUUCUUCUCAUCGGUAAACUUCAGGCAGAUCGAAUUCUGACGAUUGAUGUAUUUAGAGAUCGUGAUAUUGUCCGGCAUGAUUGGGCACGAGAGUACAAAUCUGGUGAACUUUUGCUUCAUAGAAAAACAUUGGUGUGCGUCUCUUUGAUGAGUUUUGGAAUGGGUGUAGUGGAAAACAUGGUGAACACAGAGUCAUCGAAAGUUAGUUCAUUGAGCAAAAGUAAUGGAUGCGGCUGCACAAAACCAUGCACGGAGAGUAGAAACUGCGCCUGCGUGGCGAGAAACGGAGGAGAGAUACCUUACAACUACGAUGGGAACAUAGUUUAUCCAAAGAGCUUGAUCUACGAGUGUGGCCCUCUCUGCAAAUGCCCUCCUGCUUGCUACCUAAGAGUCACACAGCGAGGGAUCAGGUUCAAGCUCGAGAUCUUCAAAACCGAGUCCAGAGGCUGGGGAGUGAGGUCUCUCAGCUCGAUACCUUCGGGUAGCUUCAUAUGCGAGUACGUCGGCGAGCUUUUGGAGGAUAAAGAAGCUGAGAGAAGAACAGGGAACGACGAGUAUCUCUUUGACAUUGGGAACAAAUACGACAACACUUUAGCUGAAGGGAUGUCGAAGCUAAUGCCAGGGAUGGAGAAAGAGAAAGAAGAAGAAGAUGGUGGUGAGACGACGGGGUUCACCGUAGACGCCGCGAAGAAAGGGAACAUCGGGAGGUUUAUAAACCAUAGCUGCUCGCCGAAUCUGUAUGCGCAGAACGUGUUGUAUGACCAUGAAGACAAGAGGAUCCCUCACGUGAUGCUCUUUGCGAUGGACAAUAUACCUCCGCUUCAAGAACUCACUUACCAUUAUAACUACAUGAUCGACCAGGUGCGCGAUGUUAACGGUAAUAUCAAGAAGAAGAUUUGCUACUGUGGUUCUUCUGAGUGUACCGGUAGGCUCUAUUAA